CUCAGCAGAUAAAGACACGGGCUGCUCAGCUCCACUCCACUCUGCUCUGCUGUGAGAGUGCGUGUGUGUGUUUGAUUGCAUGUGUUUGCCUGUUGGUGACCCUGCAGAACAGUGUGUCCGUGUGUUGUAAGCAGUGAGGAGGAGGACGCCGCUUUUUGACAGAUACUUUUCCUCUCCAGGUUUCAGGAUGGACACAGCAGAAUUCCGCAGGAGAGGGAAGGAGAUGGUGGACUACGUGGCUGAUUACCUGGAGAACAUUGAGUCACGGCAGGUCUACCCUGAUGUACAGCCAGGCUACUUGAGGACCCUCAUACCGGAGGACGCUCCACAGGAGCCAGAGACGUAUGAGGAUGUGGUGAAGGACAUUGAGAGGGUCAUCAUGCCAGGGGUCACUCACUGGCACAGCCCAUACUUCUUUGCCUACUUCCCCACUGCCAACUCCUUUCCUGCACUACUGGCAGACAUGCUGUCUGGAGCUAUUGGCUGCAUCGGCUUCUCAUGGGCUGCGAGUCCAGCCUGCACAGAGCUGGAGACAGUGAUGCUGGACUGGCUGGGGAAGAUGCUGAAGCUGCCUGAGGAGUUUCUAGCAGGCACAGAGGGUAAAGGAGGAGGCGUGAUUCAGGGGACCGCUAGUGAAGCGACUCUGGUGGCACUCCUAGCUGCUCGUUCCAGAAUCUUGAAGAGGAUACUAAAUGAUGAUCCUGAGAAGCAAGAAGCCGACAUCAUCUCCAGACUAGUCGCCUAUUCCUCUGAUCAGGCUCAUUCAUCAGUUGAGAGAGCAGCUCUAAUCGGAGGCGUGAAAAUGAAGAAAAUUCCCACAGACUGCAAGUUUGCUGUGCGGGGAGAGGCGUUCCAAAAAAUCCUGGAAGAGGACAAAGCAGCAGGACUCAUCCCCUUCUAUUUUUGUGCCACCUUGGGGACAACGCCAUCGUGUGCAUUCGACCGCAUCACAGAGAUUGGGCCCAUAUGUAAUGCUGAGCAGUUAUGGUUGCACAUUGACGCUGCUUACGCAGGAAGUGCGUUCAUCUGCCCAGAGUUUCGACCUCUUCUGGACGGCGUGGAGUUUGCAGACUCCUUCAACUUUAACCCUCACAAAUGGAUGCUAGUGAACUUUGACUGCUCCACAAUGUGGGUGAAGAACAGAUCGGAUAUCAUUGGGGCAUUUAAGAUGGACCCACUUUACUUGAAGCACGACCAUCAAGAAUCAGGACUCGUGACUGAUUACAGACACUGGCAGAUUCCUCUGGGUCGGAGGUUUCGCUCACUGAAGAUGUGGUUUGUGUUCCGCAUGUACGGACUCAGAGGCCUGCAGGAGCACAUCCGCAAGCAUGUAUCGUUGGCUAAGGAGUUUGAGGAUUUCGUACGAGCAGAUAAUCGAUUUCAGAUCACUGCGGAUGUGGUGCUGGGUUUAGUCUGCUUCAGACUAAAGGGCUCUAAUGAAUUGAAUGAAGCUCUGCUGAAGAAGAUUAACAGUGCUCGGACGAUUCACCUGGUGCCGUGUCAGCUGGCGGGCAGAUUCGUGCUGCGUUUUGCAGUGUGCUCCCGGACAACGGAGUCACGGCACGUGCAGGAGGCCUGGGCCCACAUCAGCAAGCUGGCCACCGAGCUGCUGCACCAGCCCUCACACUGAUCUGCACACAAUGAUCACCAUUCAGCUUCUUCAUUCAGCGGCCAUUCUGCUUAUAUAAUGAUCCAAAGAGGGGAAUUCAGUCAGUCAGUAGCUACAGUAUGGGGUGAUACAGUACAUGUCCACCUUCUGUGAUCUGAAAGCAUUUAUCAUUAACUUUCUUUACCAAAGUUUAGGCUGAAUAAAGCAGUUGUCCAGGUUUGACCACCCCACCAUAAGCCUGACAUGAUUAAGUAGAAUGACCACUGUGUGAAUAAGAUGAUAAUAAUGAUCGCACUGACCGCACUGUCUUAUACUGACCGUCCUGCUGCUGCAUUUCCAUCCACUUCUCUCCAGUGUUUGUGUAUUGUCUGUUUCUGUGUGUCUGGUGUGUGUGUGUGUGUGUCAUGUCCAGUGUGUCUUUAUGAGAUUUUUACACCUUGCAUUUACUUCCAUGUGGUCAAGAUCCAUCUUUCACCAUCUGCAUGUGUCGUCUGACUGAGUAAUCCAGUCUGGGCUUAUCUAUGUAAAAACACAGGUGUUUUAAAAUAUUCUAUUCCUAUCAUUUAAAUUUGUCCAGUAAGUGUAAACACAUCUGGUGUACUUCUUUUUAGAUUACAAUCCAGAUACUAGAUAUAUUAAACAAGACAAAAGGAAAUAAGUGACAACCAUAUUUACCAUACUUGUGCUGGGCACAUAUGGACUAAGGCGUUCACCUUCAACACAUCCAUGCAAUAAAAACACACAUAAACACUGCAGUGGGCAGCCAUCUCUACAGCACCCAUGGAGCAAUGAGGAAACCCAGGUAUUGCCAACAACAACACUGUCAUUAAUAACCCUGUGCUAUAACCCUUAAGCCACUAUUGCCCCAUCUGACCUAAACAGAUGCUAGUGGGGUCAGUGUGCACCCCGGGCAUGUUUACAUCAGGCUUUUCAGUAAAAUCUAAUUGUAAUCCAACUCAUGAAAAUUCACGUAAAUGCAAGGUGCAAACAACUUCUGUGUUGUCAAAGUAGAUGUUGGUCUUUUUGGAACGUGUGACCAUCCAAAACCGUCUAUGUUUAGUCCCAUGAAAAUAUGUGUGCUUGAAUGUAAGUCUGUAUUCACUGUUGAGCGACAUAUAAGUAUAUUUCACAGAUAUAAAAGGCGCGUGUGUGUGUGUGUGUGUGUGUAUGUUUGUGUACUAUUGUUAAUGAAAUACAAAAGAUGUACAGAAGGUUUAUUAAAUAUUAAGGCCUACAUCAUUACUCCCACUGCAGCAUAAAGUACUGGAGCCUGAGUUUUUCUGCUUGCUUAUGAUUUACAGCUUACUAACAUAACGUUUUAAACGAAUCCGGGUUAGUGAAGCUUUGGCUUUGCUGAAUAAAAAAGUACUAAGUGCCA